CCUCCAGAAUAUCAAAACCAAAGCCUUAGAAUGUCGAAAAUCCUCGCCGCCGUUUUCGCCUUCGUUGCCAUCUUCUUCAUCCUUGGCAACGCCGCCCCUGCCCCGCCCACUCAGGUCCUGGAUGCCCAGACCGCCAUCCAAAAGAUAAUCGCUGCCUACAACCGCAUUCCAGGACCUUCGGUUGUCUACCCUUGGGAGGUGGCCACCUUGAUUGACCCCAACACCUUUGUGGCCCACUACUAAGGACCUCAACUCUGCUACCUGUCUACCUGUACCCAAAUGCCCAAAUAAAUUGUAAAGAAAUAUAAGUUAAACCAAACA